CUCCAAGUCAAAUCAAAUCAAACUUCCUUCCCCAACCAGUUCUCCCAUUCAACUUCCAAGACCUCUUCUCUCUCUCUACGUUUCGCUUCAUUUUUUAGGUUUUCUCUUCAAAGAAUCCUAGCUCCCUCACAAGAUGAGUCAUGAGAUAGAAGCAUGUGUAGAGUGCACCAAGCAAUGCCUGCGGUUUCAUGGGAAGAAGCAAACUUCAUCUCCUUCCGUCGCUAAAUUUUUCAAAGUCAUGAUUGGUGAUCAGUUUUCAAAAGUUCUUUACAUUCCUCCUAAAUUUUCACCCAUGGUGUCAUCAUUGAUCGGUCAAAAAACUUUUCUGGAGGACUCAAAUGGCAAAAAAUGGGAAACACAAAUAUCUAAGCUUAAUGUCUCAUUUGCUUUCCAGCAAGGAUGGCAAUUGUUUGCAUCAGGUCAUGGCCUAGGAGUUGGAGACUUUUUGGUGUUCUACUACAUCACUGGAUCACACUUUGUAGUGGAUAUCUAUGAUAAAAGUGGAUGUCAAAAGCUAGAUUUUCCAGUGAACAUAAGUCAGAAGAAAAGAGCAAGGCGUAAUAGGAAUUAUGUUGACGAAGGUGGUACUAGUCACACAGUUGAUAUAGAUUCCAACAGCAAACAGAGUCCAGUCAUCCCUACUGUUUCUGGAUCAGACAUCGAAAUUAGUCAAAGCCAAUUUGAAAAUAAUGUAGCAGAAGUAAAAAUGGCCAUGGAAAAUCAUUUAAAUUGUGAGUUCGUCAAAAGGCCUCAACCUGUCUCUCAAGUUCGUGACAUGGAAGAUACAAACUAUAUCAUCAAUAGAGACAUUGGAGAUCAGCACGGAAAAGACAGACACAUUUUAUUUGACUUGUCUCAGUUUGAAAUGUGGGGAAACAACUCUGGCAUUGAUGAAAGCAAGAGUGGCAUAGUUGGCGAUGUAAGAUAUUACCCCGAUAUAUCUGCAGGAUUGCAUAUUGAAGCUGGCUUAGUUAAUGAACAUUCAGCGAUUGAAGAGGUGAGAACUGGAGCAUUGGCUUUGGCUGCAUCUAAAUUUGAGUUUGUAAGAAAUAAAAAUGAUACCUCACUGAUAGAUAAAUUGGCCGCUGGUUCUGAUAAAGAUACCUGCAACAAGAUCGCUGGCCAUCCCUCGACCAAUACAUCUGCAACAAAACCUAUAAGAGAUGAAGAUGACUGCACUGAUAUGUCAAACAAGAUUCAGAGAACCAAGAAUUCUCUAUCAAUGCCAGAAAUUGAUAAACUGGUGUUAUCCUGGAAGAAACGUAAUUCCCUCGCUCGCAACAACCUGAGUGCCCAAGUAAAGCUUACUGGAAUAUCAAAGUCGGGAGGAGGUCCAUUGACCACCAGUUUGUCACAAUGCCAAUCUGGUGAAAUCUUGAACAUUGACAAGAAAGGUUCAACAAAUGCGACUCCUGAACAUUGCAGUGACUGGGAUACAGUUCUAGAUAUAUGUGGUGAAACUUCAAAAACAAUCAAGAAAGAAGCCGUGGAGAUGACUCAGUCGAUUCAUUCAUGGAGAGAAGAGGUGACAAAGGUGAUGGAAGGGGGAGCCCAGUCAGAGUUCUGAUACGAUAAUCGAAGACAAUGAUGAAGUCCAAGAGUGGUGAAAUCUGAAAAUGUUGAUUUAGUUAGUUCUCCCCAUCAUUAGUCAACCGAUAUCUCCUGUCCGUGUUCCAAAUGUGUUCCAAAUAUGUUCAUGUUCCACUCUUUUUUGUCUGUUAUACUGUUUCAUCGAUUUCUUUGCCCUGAUUUUG